AUGUUAAAUAAAUGGUUCAGGGGAAAUAAAAUCUUAUAUCGAUCCGUCACUUCAACUGAAGUUACAAAUAAUUUUGUUUGUCAAAACCAAUUCCUGAACUUUAUCCAACAAAGGAUAACUUUACGUGACAUGAUACUCAAAAUAGGCUGGAUAUUACCUCAGGUAACGGUGACUAAUGGACAGAUUUUUUGUCGUUGCGAAAUAAAUCAUUUGAGAAUAUUUCAUGAACAAUAA